AUGGUUGUUCGCGAGUCCAAUGGCAUCUGGAAAGUUGCAAGACUUGACCUCGACCAUAACCAUCUACUUACACCUGAGGACCAUGAUUUGCUGUUCAGUGGUCAGAAAUACAUGACAGAAAUGGAAAGAGCAAUGAUCAGGACCCUCAGCCACAACAACAUUCCAACACGCAAAAUGAUAGCUAUCCUUUCACAUCUAAGAGGUGGAGUUACAGCAUUACUGUAUAAAAAGAAGGACGUGAGUAAUUAUAGAACCAAGAUUAAUAGAGAAGUAACUGGUACAGAUAUGAGUCAGGUGCUGAGCUACUUCAUGGAAAGGAAGAAUCAAGAUCCAACAUUUUUCUACAAGAUUGAUGUGGAUGAAGAUAAAAGGCUGAAAAACCUAUUCUGGGCUUAUGGUUCAGCUAUCAAGUACUAUGCAGAAUAUGGUGAUUUCACAGUGGGAACUUUCAAAUGGGUUUUUGAGGCUUUCGUAGAGGCAAUGAAUGGCAAACAUCCGAAAACAAUCAUUACUGAUCAGGAUAAUGCGAUAAAGGCAGCAAUUAAAAUUGUGUUUCCUGACGCAGUACACAGAAACUGCUUAUUCCACAUAAAGAACAAGUGCUAUAGUAAAAAUGGCAAGGUGUUUGCAAAUAAUGAAGGCUUGAUGGAAGAGUUUGAAGAUACAGUCAAUAAUAGCCUCACAACAACAGAGUUUGAAUACCUAUGGACCAAGAUGAUUGCAGACUAUAAGCUAGAGAACAACAACUAUUUCACCAGGAUGUGGGAAACAAGGGAACGGUUUAUCCCUGUAUACUACAAAAAUGAGUUUUUCCCAUUUCUACAUACAACAACAAGGAGUGAGACAACCAAUGCGAGGUUCAAAGACAACAUUGGGCCCACAUACAGCAUGAUAAGCUUUAUGAAAGAGUACCAAAGAAUUGUGGACACUAUUGACAGAACAGAAGCAGAGGAGGACACCAAGAGCAGGCAGAAACAGUGCAAAGAACUACUAUUUGACUAUCAGAUAGAGCAACAAGCGCAGAAAAUGUACAAUAGAAACAUUUUAAAGAAAUUUCAGGUGCAGCUAAAAGAAACAACAACAUUGGCUUACACUGAAAUGGUACCAAAUAAGGAAUUUAUGGUCUGGCCAAGAACAAACCAAGUGCGUAAGGUGUAUAGGAUGCGCCAAUAUAUGGUGUCAGCUAACAUGACAGAAGGGAGUGAGGAGUUCACCUGCAUAUGUGGGAAGUUCAGCAAGGAUGGCAUAUUGUGCUCUCAUAUACUGAAAGUAAUGGUUGAAAAGGAUAUCAGUAAAAUCCCAGAACAGUACAUAAUAGAGAGAUGGAGAAAGAAAGACAUGAAAAUUCAGGUGCCAUCAAAGCAAACUGCGGAAGCAGCAAGUGCCUCUUUGCUGCGGUUCAACAUGCUAUCUAGAGAAUCUGCAGCUCUCAACUCUAAAGCAGCAGCAACAGAAGAGUCAAUGCUUUACCUUCUGUCAAAGUUUCAGGAGUUGAACGUCGAAGUAGAUGGUAUUUUGUCCAGGCAAGGCACUGAUCAGAAUCCAAAUAAAAGGAAGAAAGCAAGUUCUACAGCAAGUGGAGUGCAAGAGUAA